GAAGAGGGCUCCUGAAUCCCGGUACUUGAAGCACUCUUGUGCAGUCAGCGAACCGCACAUCCCCACACAUCCACCGGGCCGGGGAGCUAAGAAGCGCACCAACCGCGGCUGAGCAUUUGGAGCGGCACUUGGAGCAGUCGCGAGUCGGUACACGGUAGCCUCACAUCCAGGGCCGGGGAGCUAAGAAGCGCACCCAGCGGCCGGAUGAUCGGGAUCCGGGCUGCGGGCUAGAGUGUAGAGAGCCCUAACCCUGCGGGGGUUCGCGUUCGUUCGUUCGCGCAGCGCGUUUCUUGCGUCCUGACUGAAUUCGCAGAGGAUCUCCCAGGAGCGGAAUCGCAGAAUGCUCGCUACGCUCUGCCUGCUCAGCGACGGCGUCGUCGUGCCCUCCGUGACCGCACCGCGCGGGACGACGCUCCUGCGCGCCGGCACGCCGGUCGCGGCCGGCGGGGGCGGCUCAAAGCCGGUCCGGUAUAAGGACCGCGAGGAGCGCCGCCGCCAGGCGCUGCAGGUUGGCACGAACUGGCCGCCACGCACCGAUCCGAUUGCGGGCAAGGGGUACUUCUUCUUCCAGGGCCCGACGCCCAAGACCGCGGUGCAGGCGGACCUGCCCAACUUCUUCUCCGCCGAGAACUUUGCCGGGAUCGAGAUUAGCCCGACGCAGCUCGCCGUCACCGCCACCGGCUUCGCCUCGGCGGCCAUCAUCGCGCUGAGCCUCGCCAGCUCGACGGCUCCCGCGGUCAAGAUGACCGCCGCGCCGCCCGCCGCGGAAAAGAAGGCCCCUGCACCCGAGAAGAAGAAGGAGGAGCCCAAGCCCGCCGCGCAACCCGAGGCAAAGGCUCCGGUGGCCUCGCCGCCGACGGGCGAGCCGUCGGCGGACGAGCUGCGUGCGAUGCUCAAGAAGACAAGAAGUGAGUUGCUGGUCGCCUCGAGGGCGCACUGCUGACCGCCUGCGGUGCAGUCCUGCUUCCUCGCCCUCGCAGCUCCGGCCUCUGGCGAGGCCGCUGUCGGCGCGCUGCGGCGAUGAUGGGAGUGAGGCGUGGGGCAGGGUCGUGGUGGCUGGUGAACUCGCGGGUCGGCCGCUCUCGGGCGCACACCAGCGCCACAAACGGGUCGCAGUGCGUGCCUCUCUCGCGUCUCGGACUCGGUGCAGCCUGCGGUGCAGUGGGUCACAUAGCGGUCGUGGCCGGCAGCGUGUGCCUGACCGCCGCCGCCCGGAUGGAUUGAGACGGUGUUGACGUAUUCUCUGCGAGAUCCGCGCGCUCCUCCGCGGCUCCGGCUCCGCUCCUGCGGCUGCGCGUCCUGGGGCUCCUGAGCUCAGGUGGCGCUGGCGGUGCUGCCCUCUCGGUGUCGUGGUAUGGCAUUAACUCAUUCUUGUGUCGUUGCGGCGAUACAGUAGAAAGAA